AUGGCUGGAAUCAACCUCACAAACUCUGUCCCUUCAACAUUCAUUCUAACAGGCAUCCCUGGCCUGGAAGCUGAGCAUCUCUGGAUUUCCAUCCCUUUCGCUAUCUUCUACAUGAUUGGAAUGUUGGGAAAUUUCACACUUCUGUUUGUUGUAGGCAAAGAGGAGACCCUGCACAAGCCGAUGUACUUGCUGCUCUGCAUGCUGGCACUCACAGACAUUGGCACGACUACCUCCAUCAUGCCAAAGGCACUGUUUAUAUUUUGGUUCAAUCUGAAUAUUAUUACGGUGGGUGGCUGCCUCACCCAGAUGUUCUUCCUUCAUUCAGUUUCCAUUAUGCACUCAGCCGUCCUCAUGGCAAUGGCCUUCGAUCGCUAUGUUGCCAUAUGUAGGCCUCUGAGAUACACCACCAUCCUCACUAACACACGAAUAGCUAUAUUAGGGCUAGUGGGUUUGAUAAGAUCGGUUCUCUUAGCUCUUCCCUUGCCCUUGUUCCUGAGCCGGCAGCCAUUCUGUCCUAACCUCAUUAUCUCUCACACACACUGUGAGCAUAUAGCUGUGGUGAAGCUGUCAUGUGCAGAUACCACUGUCAACAGGACAUAUGGCUUGAUGAUGGCCUUUGUAGUCAUGGGAUCAGACCUGAUGCUCAUUGCCCUGUCCUACAGUCUGAUCACCAGGGCCAUCCUCAGAAUCUCCUCCAGGAAAGCUCAUCAGAAAGCCCUUAACACCUGUACAGCCCACAUCUGUGUGAUGCUGACAUCUUAUUCAUCCGUCCUCUUCACCACUCUGACACACCGGUUUGGUCAGGGCAUUGCUCCCUAUGUACACAUCAUCUUGGCUGACCUCUUCUUCCUUGUCCCCCCCAUGCUCAACCCUAUCAUUUAUGGGGUCAAAACCAAAGAGCUUGGGGACAAAGUGGGGAAAUACACCUGCAGGGUGAUCAGCUGGGCCACUGAAUUUAAGUCUGCCAGACAAGUGGGGGAAAGGAGAUCUCCCUGUUAA